AUGGCAACUCUUGAGCUCCUACUCCACCAUUCUCAUUCAUUUGCCCUAAGUCAGCACCCCAUCAUCAAUUUCUCAAGUUUUCGCCCAAUUUACCCCAAAUUACCGCCUAUCAAAUCCUCCGCCACUGAUUCUCCAUCCACCAGCUCCACCACCCCCCGCCGCGGCCGCAAAAAGUCCACCACCACCUCCACAACGAAAAGAUCAAGGCUACUGAGGAAAUCAGGAGAUUCGCCAGACACCAAAAAUGUCGACGACGAGCUCUACGAUUACGACGACGGCGUCGAUUUCCCUUACCUGGAUCCGCCGUUGGUAUGCUGCUUCGGAGACGCGCAGAAGGAGUUUGUGCCCACGGUGAGAGUGGCGCCGGAGCAGAUGCACCCGUACAUCUACUCGCAGUGGAAAAUGUUACAGUGGAACCCGCCGGAGUUCGCUCGGGCCCCCGGCGGCCCGCCGUCGAAUGUGGCGAUCUCCCACGUGAGGCUCGGCGGGCGGGCGGCCUUCAUGGGGAAGGUCGGGAAUGAUGAGUUCGGUGAGGAGCUGGUGUUGAUGAUGAAUAAGGAGAGGGUGCAGACGAGAGGGGUGAAAUUUGAUGAUAAGGCUGCUGUUGGGAUGAGCUGCUGCUGCUGCUGGGAUUGCCGGACUGGAGAAAGGGAGGGAGGCGCCGGUGGGAGAGGCAGCGGCGCCGGUGCCGGUGGUAGGCGGGGAUGGGAGGCCGAAGGGAACCGUGGAGGCGGGCCGCGCGGGUGGAAUGAAUUGAAUUAA